AGCAAAGAAGUUCAUCGUCCUUUUUCUCAGUUCUUCACCUUUUACCACUUCAUAUAUUACUCAUUUAUCGGCAGCAGGACAUUUUUCUGCAAUCUAAAGCAAAUGAAUGCUCUUGCUGCCACCAAUCGGAACUUUCGUCGGGCGGCCCGCAUCCUCGGCCUUGACGCCAAGAUCGAGAGGAGUCUUUUGAUCCCAUUCAGAGAAAUUAAGGUGGAAUGCACGAUCCCCAGAGAUGAUGGAGAGCUGGUAUCGUACAUUGGAUUUAGGGUGCAGCACGAUAAUGCCCGUGGACCCAUGAAAGGAGGAAUCAGAUACCAUCCGGAGGUUGACCCUGAUGAAGUCAAUGCUCUUGCUCAACUGAUGACCUGGAAGACUGCUGUGGCUGAUAUUCCGUAUGGUGGGGCAAAAGGUGGGAUUGGGUGCACGCCCAAAGAUUUAAGUACGAGCGAGUUGGAACGCUUAACACGAGUCUUCACGCAGAAGAUUCACGAUCUCAUUGGGGUCAACACUGAUGUGCCAGCACCUGAUAUGGGAACUAAUGCUCAAGACCUGGGAGGAUCACUGGGAAGAGAAGCCGCAACUGGGCGUGGAGUUGUAUUUGCUACUGAAGCCUUACUCGCUGAACAUGGGAAAUCGAUAAAGGAUCUAACAUUUGCCAUCCAGGGGUUUGGGAAUGUUGGAUCAUGGGCUGCAAGGCUGUUACACGAACUAGGUGGAAAAGUUACAGCAGUGAGUGACAUAACUGGAGCAGUCAAGAAUUCUAAUGGAAUUGAUAUACCCGCACUAAUUCGGCACAAAGAGAAAACUGGGAAAUUAUCUGAUUUCAAUGCUGCUGAUGCAAUGGACUCGAACGACUUGCUCGCUCACGAAUGUGAUGUUCUCAUACCUUGUGCUCUAGGCGGCGUUCUCAACAGGGCCAAGUUCAUCAUUGAAGCUGCAAAUCAUCCGACUGAUCCUGAAGCUGAUGAGAUUUUGUCGAAAAAGGGCGUUGUAAUACUUCCCGACAUAUAUGCAAAUUCAGGAGGAGUGACUGUUAGUUAUUUCGAGUGGGUCCAGAACAUUCAAGGCUUUAUGUGGGAUGAGGAUAAAGUGAAUCAAGAGCUAAAAAGAUACAUGACUAAAGCCUUCCAUAAUAUCAAGCACAUGUGUCAAUCACACAAUUGCGAUCUUAGGAUGGGCGCCUUCACACUAGGCGUUAACCGUGUUGCUCGUGCUUCUCUACUGAGGGGUUGGGAAGCCUAA